AUGGCGAGGAGUCUAAAGAAGAAGGAGACGGCGAAGAAAGAUAGAUUAGAGAGAUUAAAGGAGAACAGAAAUCUAUGGUUAAAACUUCCCACAGAAGUAUUCGUCAAUAUUUUAAUGCGUCUAUCUUUGCUUGAUUGCAUUCGUGCCAAAGCAGUUUGCCUUACAUGGCGGGCAGACGUGAUAAAGAUGGUGGCCUGCAAUGCUCAUCCUCCAUCACAUCAAGUCGCAAUGCUUAUGCCUACAAAAGAUCGAAAAACCUUAAUAUACAGAGUCCUCAAUUUACCAGAUAACAACGUUUAUAAGCUACAUCUCUGGCAGUUUAGUCCAGCAAUUUGUUUAGGAUCUUCUGAUGAAUGGCUGAUUCUAAUGGAUAAGAAUACCAAGGGAUGUUUUCUAUUGAAUUUAAGAUCCAAUGAACAAAUCCAACUCCCUCGUCAGGCUACGGUUUGUAACUCAGGCAAGUACCGCAAUGUGGAAGAUUUUUGGAAGCACGGCACAGGGUUAAAUGCUAAGGCUAUUUUAUCAUUUGACACAGCUUCAGCAUCAUCUGCCGACGGCUACAAAGCUAAUUGCAUAUAUUUUGCAAAUGCUAAGAAAGGCGAUGAUUCGGGUGUCUUUCACUUACAGGAUGGUAGUAUCGAGGUAUUUCCUCCCAGCAUUUCUUACCAGAUUCUGUCUCAGCAAGGGUGUUACCUGUAA